AUGGUAGUGAUUCUCCUGAUUAUCUGUACAAGUACUUAUGCGCACAGCAUAAUGCCUGGGAUCAUGGACCGCCAUCAGAACGGUUUCUUCGGUAUCUUCUGGAAAUGUGCAAGAGUGGGCGAGAGAUUAAGCCCGUAUGUCAGUAUUUGCUGUAUCAUCAUGGCCGUAAGUAUAUCUCUCUUUUUCGGAAACUAG